AUGGCGUCGUCCGUGAAUGUGCAGGGCUCGGACGCACCACUAUUUGACGUUGGUCGUGUGCAGUAUACACUUCCUGCGCCGCUCAUACAUGUCGCUGCUGCUGCCAACAAACUUGUGCUAUGCUUGUCACCAUUUGACGGCAUGCCUAUGCGUAUCGUUUACCUCGAUCUCGAAGAGCCUGCUUUCACACAGGAAGCCUUUAUAUCUUCUCCCACGCAAGCUAGAGGCUCUCGCUGGCGCGAUCUUCACGAGUCGACGCGUGUGUUCGUUGAUGCGUCUGCCGUGCAUGUGUUGCUCUGCGCAGGUACAUAUACCUAUUACUGGACACCAGGCUGGACUCGAGCGCGCCGCAUCAUGCAGCUGGACGGUGUGCCUGUGACAGCCGCCGUAUUCGGUGAGCCUCGAGCUACGCCACCUGUGGCACUCCCUCCUUUGACGGGUGGACGCCGAUGGAUUUGGACUCCACCCAUUCUUUUGGGCACGGCGCGUGGCGACCUCGUUGAGACGGUCCUGACCGCACAGCUUGGUGGUAGUGAUGACCGGAUGGAUAUUUUUGAUCGAUGGGCGCGCAUGUCAGCCGGUUCAGCAGAGUAUCCUUUGGAGCGUGGGGUGUACAGACUCUAUUCCCUUGCAUCAGAUGCAAACGCCAUUACUGGUUUGGCAUUGGAAACGCAAGGCCAGAAUGUUGUGAUUGUGGUUGCAACAUCGUCCCGUUUAUACGAAUUCGUGGGCCUGUCCAGCGAAGUACCGGGGCCCGUGUUUCAAAGAGUGUUUGAUCAGUAUCAGCAAAGCUCUCAAUCGCAGUGGAAGACGGACCUGCCGCGGGGGAAGGGUACCCUCGUCACUGCUACGCUACCUGUAUCUUGGCCAUAUGGAUCGCAUCGUGCCAUGUCGUGGAUGAAUGGUGCUGGCGUGUAUGCUGCCCAGCUUCUGCCUGAUAAGGGUGUGUGCCAUGCUGACCUUUUUGCCUUGCCACAACGUGAUGAUACACCGAUUUCAUUGGGGCGCACAUCGCUGCAUCAUGUGCUUGUAUAUUCAGACAUGGCUGUCUGCAUGAAUGCCUUGGACGCAGAUGUUCAAUACAAAGUAACCCUUCCUCUGGUGGCUGAGGAACGCGUGCUAGGAAUAGCCAUGGACUCAUCAUCAGAUACAUGCUGGAUUUAUACUUCACUGGGUGGAUUGUAUGAGCUGCUCGUAAAAGAUGAGGCUCGCGAUAUGUGGCAUUUGUUGCUGAAACGGUGCGACUUUGAGAAGGCACUAGCAUUUUGUCAUGAUGAGACGUGUCGGAAGCAGGUGCUGGAAAAGAAGGGCGAUGCACUGCUACACGCAGGUCAGCUCAUGGAGGCUGUCGAGUGCUAUGCUCAGGCCCAGACACCGGCCUUUGAACAGGUUGUGCUUUCUUUGAUGGACGUCUGUGCCGACAAGGCAUUGCGUCGAUAUGUAAGACUACGUCUCGACAAGAUGCCGAAACAGGCUCGCGUGCCUCGUCUUAUGCUAGCUACUUGGCUCAUUGAAUUGUAUGUGGCCGCCAUUCAGGCACAGGAACCCACCUCCGAAUAUUAUCAAACACUUUUGCUAGAAGCGCAAGAGAUACUUGAGCGGCAUCAUGAUGCCCUCGACGCACGCACUACCUAUGCUCUACUGGCUCGCCAGCAGUGCACAGAGCUAUGGCUGGCCUACGCUUGUAUUUUACAGGACACCGACAAGCUCGUCCAGCACUGGAUUGACCAGAAACAAUGGAAUCAGGCUCUUCAUACUCUCAGCGCGCAGUCAGCACUGGAUGCGUAUUAUGCAAGCAGCAUAGCACUAAUGCAACAUGCCCCUGAAGCGACCAUCCAAUGCUGGCAAAAAUGCGAUCAACUUGAUGUCGAGCGCCUCAUACCCGCCUUGCUACAGUACACUCCGGCGCCGAACGAGUCAGAUGUUGUGCUCAUGUACUUACAGCAUGUGAUUGAUGUACAGGGCAGUAAGAGCCCAGCCGCUCAUGCAUUGCGCCUCUCGCGACUGUGUGAGCGAGCAUCGAAUCAGUCCGCUCUCCUCAAGUUUGUGGAGUCUGCAUCCCCCGGUGCUUUGGAUCUGUCUUAUGCUCUACGCGUAUGUUCUGAGGCCGGAUGCCGCGAAGCUUGUGUGCGAAUUUAUGCACGUUUGCAACAGUAUGAAAAUGCUGUGCAUCUCGCUCUGGAAGCGAAUGACAUUGAUUUGGCAUGUUCGUGUGCAGAUCUAGCCGCACAUGGACCCUCGGGGCUCCAACGCGAGCUCUGGUUGCAGUGUGCAAAGCAUGUGGUGCAGUCGCAAGCAAGUAUGGAGGAUGCUAUGGCGUUUCUUCAUCGUACGGACCUGCUCACCGUCGAAGACAUACUCCCCUUCUUUCCCGAUUUUAGCGUGAUUGAUGGAUUCAAGACAGAAAUUUGCGAUACUUUGGAAGGAUACGUAACGCGGAUUGAUGCGUUAAAAGAAAAUAUGGAGCGAACGUCGGCGACAGCUGCAAAUAUUCAGCAGGACAUCGAUCGACUCUCGAAACGCACCAUUGAGAUUGACACAGAGCAUCGGUGUAUGCAGUGCGCCACCGCCCUUCUUCAAAGGCAGUUUUAUCUCUUCCCUUGCCGACAUGGCUUUCAUGCAGAUUGCCUGACUCAGCUUGUCACACAACACUUGUCAUCGCGUCGUCUGCGCCGAUUGCUGCAACUUCAGAACGAACUCGCUGCAGCUGAUGGCACCUCAGAGCCACGCCCUACGUCGCCCACCAAGUCCAAGGUAUCAUCGUCCUCAUUUCCUUUGAGCACUUCUUUAGAGCGUCUUCGUGAGCACGUACGCCCACAGGCUAUUGUGGAUGCAAUAACAGCUGGGUUGUCAGUGGGUGUGACAAGUGGUCGGCGUGCGCUUGCUCCAUUGGACCCAAGCAUGAGUAUACGACCGGCAUCCAAGGGCAAGUCAUCCACACAGGCAGAGUCUGCCAACGCCUCCGUUACUUCUGCAUCAUGGACAGCACAGCUCGACAAACUUCGGGCGGAAUUGAAUACGAUCGUUGCAGGUACUUGUCCUAUUUGCACCCUCAGUGUCCGAAAUAUCACAGCACCCUUUCCAGACGAGAAGGACCACGAGGGCGAUGAUGCUGACUGGAUCGUGUAG